AUGUCCUCCCUCCGCAACGCCGUCUCGCGGCGCCCCCACAAAGAACGCUCCCAAACCACCACCCGCACCAAAUACGGCCUCCUCGAAAAACACAAAGACUACAGCCUCCGCGCCGCCGACUACAAUGCAAAAAAGCAAAAACUAAGUAUCCUGCAGCAGAAAACACGCGACCGGCAUCCGGAUGAAUUCGCUUUUGGGAUGGUGUCGAAAGACAAAAAGCAGGGGAAACAUGGGAGGAGAGGAGAGGAAGAGAACAGAUUGGGGGUUGAGAAGGUGAGGUUGUUGAAGGGGCAGGAUGCGGGGUAUUUGAGGGUUGUGGCAGGACGGACGAGGAGGGAGGUGGAGAGGGUGAGGGAGGAGACGAUAUUAAGUAAAAGAGGGAUUGGGAAGGGAAGUGGGAAGGUGGUGUUUGGGGAGGAUGGGGAGCCGGAGAGGAAGAGGAGACGGGUGUUAAGGGACACGGAUGAAGAUACAGACGAUAAUCUCAAUUCCAACCAAGAUAACAAGAACGAUCCAAACACCCACGAAGCCAUCAUUACAACAUCUACACAGACCCUAACAAACCCCACCAAAGCAAUGUCGAAAAUCCUCUCCACGAAACAAGCCCAAAAACAACAAGACAAACUCUCCCAACUAAAAGCCGACCGCAAACGUCGCAAACGUCUUCAAGACCUCCGCGCCGCAAAGUUAGAAGUCCUCAAGAAAAGACAGAAGGAGAUUCUGGCUGCUGCUGACCAGCUUGAUCUGCAGCGGGCGAAGAUGGCGGGGGUUGUGGGGGGUGUUAAUAGGGAUGGUGUUAGGUUUAAGGUUAGGGAGAGGAAGAGAUAG